UUACCAUGACAACCGCGCGUUCGAUCGUUUUGUUUGUCUGUGUGUGUCUGUUUUUUAUUCAAAUUUUUUUUUGUUUUCGAAAAUUGAAAAACAAUAAAAUUUAGAGAAAACCAUAAUGGAUCAAAUAAAAUUUGUAAUCGAUGAAUUAAAUCAACCACCAUUUAAUCAGAAUUUAAAUCUCAUUUCAUAUGAUAAUCUACGUGAAGAACAACGUCUUGAUCUUUUGAUACAAAUUUUCAAUAUUAUCGAUCCAAAGUUGAAUUUACCAUUCAUUCGUGUUGGUAAUAUUGAAGAUAUUGUAGCCACCAUUUUGGAUACAUUACGAAUAUUUAAAUAUUCACCACCAUCAUCUCAUAGUAAUCCCGUUGAAUUUCGUAAAAAUCUAAUAAUGGCCGAUAAAGAUCUUUUGACCAAUAUUAUUGAAUGGCUUUUAAGACGAUUACCGUUGCUAAAAAAACGUGCAUAUCUUGCACAUUUUCUAGUCAAAAUUGAAUUAUCACCUGAUGUGGAAGGUGAUCAAGAUGUCAUGAUAUUAUAUCAACAAUAUCUGAAUCUAAUCGAUGAAUUCAAACGAAUUCAUAGUUCACAUGAAAUGCAAAAAAAAUCUAUCGAUUCAAUUAUUGAACUUCAAAAAGAUAUCAAAACCAUGGAAUUGGAAAAAGAUCAAAUCAAAAACAAAUUAGACAUUGUAAAACGUCGUGUAAAUUUGGAUAUGAUUGAAACUUCGAAUUCUGUGCAUAAUAUUAAAUUCGAUUCGGUCCGUGCCUUUGUGAUGGCACGACAUGAAAAUGAAAAACUACAAAGACAAUUACGUGAACAACAAGAACGAAUAGUGAUGGCUAAAAAACAUUUGGAACAACAACAAACAGAAUUAAAUGAAUUGAAUGUUCAAGAUUGGCAAGAAUCAAUACAAUCACCAGAAGUUAUGCUUUACCGCUAUAAAGAUGAGAUUGAUAUUAAAUCUAAAUUGGUCAAAGAUGUAUUGCCAAAUGAAUUGACCGAUUUACGAUUAUUGGUACGUGAUAUGGAAAAAACACAACAACAUGCCGAUUCAGAUGUUACUGAACAAUUACAACGGACAGUAACACAGGUACAAGUAUUGACACAUGAAAUCAAUGAAUUGGUGGAGAAAAAAUUACUAGAUAAACAGAGUGAAGAGGAUCGACUUUCACAUUAUCGACAGAAUGCACAGGUUGUGGCCAAGAAAAAAGAAGAUGCAAUCAAACAAUGUGAACAAUUGGAACAUCAAUUGGCCACGCAACAGGCUGAAUUGGAAGAUUUACGUGCAAAAUUCUCUGUAGAUGGUGAAUCAACUUUACGUGGUGAUGCUUUGAAAUUAUAUAUUGAAAAAAUUUCACGUCGUGAAACCGAAAUGAAUGAAAUGAAAGAAGAAUUAAGCCGUAUAAGUGGUGAUAUUGAUGAAUUACAAUCGAAACUUCGGUCACUAAGACAACAGGAGAAAGAAACAUUGGAAGAGAUACAAGAAAGUGAAGAAACCAUUGGAUUAGAAGGUUAUUUUCAAAUGAAAGAAUCCACCCUCAAUGCUUUGGAUGAUGAUGAAGAUAAUAAUAUCGAUGAUGAUAAUGACAAAGAACAAUUAAAUUAUGAAGAGAUCAAUAGACAAGUGGAUAAUUUUCAGGAUCGAUUAGAACAAAUCAAAUCAUCUUUGGUCGAUGUAACCAAAGAGGUUAGAAUAUUGAAAGAAGAAUUGAAUGAAGCUGAAUCUGAAUUUGAUAUGAAAAAACGUCUAUAUGAUUCAGCUGCAGCUGGUUUAGAAGCCGAACUCAGUAGACGUGAAUCUGAAUUCGAAAGACUUAUUGGUGAACGUGAUGAUUUGAUUGCUGAACAAUUUGAAAUUCAAACCAGAUUAUUAGCAUUACAAAUUGAACAAAAAGAAUUACUUGGAAUGGAUAAAUCUAAUCGAUUAAUUGAACAAUUAAAAAUGGAAAUUGAUUCUGAACAAAAAUUACAGGAAAAUCUUCGCCGACAUGAAAUUGAAUGGAAAGAAAAAGAACAAUAUUAUAAAAAACAGAUGGAAAUGUGGCGUGAUCUACGUGUAAUAUUUGAAACAAAAUCACGUUUAUUGGCACAAAAAUUGGAACAAAAAAAUCAACAAUCAAAUGCAAUGAUAAUGAUUAAAGAUCAUUUAGUUCUAAAUGAUGAUUAGUUUGGAAAAUGGAAUUUGAAAUUGAAUUACACACACUAUUUCCAUCAAACGAUGACUAUUUCGGGUGGAUAUAGAAAAUUUGAGCAGCAAAACAAAUGGAAUUUACAUCUCUAAUAUAUUUUGAUUUGAACCGAACAAAAAAAAAAAAAAUUAAGAACAUUGAAACCUAAUGAUUAAAAUGA